UGGGAGGGGGGCGCGUCAGUGGGCUGCAUGUGUGCGUCUUGGCCGCAGAUGGGCAGCAUCGAGCCGGUCUGUCCCCCCCGCCUCUCUCCCUCCCCUCCUCCUUCGCACGCAGCAGGCUAUUAGCAUUUUCCCCCAAACCCGCUGCACCUCACCAAAACACUCCGAAUGGGAAGAAAAUAUGGCUUGAAGGAGGCGGCGGCUGACGACCAGCGUUCACCGUCUUGCACCGAGCGCGAUAACCGGCUGAACAUGGACUUAAGGACGGGCGGCAGCGCGUGUGGAGAGCAGAGACAACGGAGCACAAAGCGGAUGGGAGACAACGCUCGUGUUCUCGCCUAACAACACGACUCACCAUCACCAUCAGCAGCCUGUGAUAUCGCCACAAAGGACAGCUGACUCGAGCCUCCCAGACUGUAAAUACAGACUAAUACAUAAGCGGGACCGGUGGUCCCAUUCAUCAGCCUCAUCAGUGCCAUCAUCUCCGGCUGGAUAGAGACGAGAAAAUGAGUGAACAGAGUAUCUGCCAGGCGCGGGCCUCGGUGAUGGUCUACGACGAUGCCAGUAAGAAGUGGGUGCCCAUCAAGCCUGGGCAGCAGGGCUUCAGCCGCAUCAACAUCUACCACAACACUGCCAACAACACCUUCAGAGUGGUGGGCGUCAAACUGCAGGACCAGCAGGUGGUGAUCAACUACUCCAUAGUGAAGGGCCUGAAGUACAAUCAGGCCACCCCAACCUUCCAUCAGUGGCGUGACGCCCGGCAGGUCUAUGGGCUGAACUUUGCCAGUAAGGAGGAGGCCACCACCUUCUCCAACGCCAUGCUGUUCGCCCUCAAUGUCCUCAGCUCACCUGACAGUGGAGGUCCAGUCGUCCAGCGCCAAAAUGGGCCCUCUUCAGAGGAAAGCGAGGCGCAGAGGAGGAUGAUGGAGCAGCAUCAGAUGGUGCACAAGGAGAGGGAGCGACGAACAUCAGGAUCAGUCGUUUCCACUCUCCAAUAUAAAGUCUCCACCCCUCCCAUCCACCCAGACACUCCUCCUGAGUACAGACAGUACAGGGCUAGCACACUGCCACCCUCCUACGUCCGCGUGGCCUCCUCCUCUCCUCCCUCCUCCGCCUCCUCCUCUCCCUCUCAGGAGAAAGAGGCGGGGGCUGCUAGGGACAAGGCCCAGCUCUCCUCCCAGCUCUCCACCUCGCUCGCCUCAGCCUUUUCCCCAGUCCAGGCAGGAGUGACCACCCAGGGCCGACAGGUCCGUCAGAUCCCCCUGUCACCUCCCACAGCAGCCCGCCACCUCCACCUUCAGCAGCAGCUCCAGCAACAAGACAUCAUGCUCCCCCCUAAACACGGCACCUGGUCUGCCUCACAUUUGCAACAAAUGUACGCCCAGUAUCCCCAGUCUGCCUCCCCUCCCGUUAUGAUGGCUAUGCCCGUGAGGCAGGGUAUGCCCCCGCAGCCUGUCCUCCCGAUGGCUCACCCCCUUCCUCCCUUAAACGCUAGAAUGAAGCCCCCACCUCUUGACCCCAGCACAGUGACAGGCCCUCACCAGUAUCCCCCGCACCAGCCCCACCCUCACUCCAACGGCCAGCCAGACGACUCCUACUCUCCUCACUCGCAGCAUCUGCCACUCACCCCGCAGUACUGCGAGGCCGUCCCCCUGCCUCCCCUAACUGCCCCAGGCCCCACCCCCAGCCAGCAGCCCCCAUACGCAUCCACCUUCCACCCUCAGCAGCAACAGCAUCCGCAACAACAGCAACAUCAGCAGCAGCAGAUGUACUACCAGCAGGCCCAGCCCCCCACCACCACUUCCUCCUCCUCCUCCUCACCCCCCUCUUACACUGCCAUGUCUGACGGGGGCUCGCCCAAGAAGACCCCCUCCCCCGUCCCCCAGCAGGCCCCCAUGGCCAGCAGCAGUAAGUAUGAGGAGGAGAGAGGAGGAGGUAGUCUCUCAGCAGAGGGAUGUUAUGUGUACACUGUGUCUGCGUGAGUGUGUGAGUGUUAAUAUAUGUGUGCAAAUGUGUGUGAACGCCCCUCACAUAUAAUGUUACACAUGAAAAACAGACGUGUCGUAAGCCCACAAUAACGACAGGGUGAGCACAUGAAGUUUUGUGACUGAAGUGUAAUUUUCUUCAAAAAUUUCUUCUUUAUCUAAUUUGAACAAAAAAAAAAACAUGUUGGAAGCGUAGAACUCAUUCUACCAUUUCAGCACACAGCACUCUACCAGUGCAGCAGGACAAUCGGCCUUUGACUUGUCGCAGCAGGAAGUGCACCAAGGUUGCUGAUAACAUUAGCCACGACUUUGUUUAAUUUCAGUGUUGCAGAAAGAUGUGACAGAGUGACACUUAACCGACAUGGCCCUUCAACUGAAGCAGCCAAACAGACAUCAGUAGUUUCAUUAUGUAUGCCUGUGCUUCUCCUACUGUGACUCGUCAAAAUGUCUCCUAUGCAAAUAGCCUAAAACACUAAAUGUACAAGCAGGUAACCAAGGAGUUCUUAUAACCCAGUAACCCAAAUGUCACACUGCUGUCUACCUGGUUGCAAGUCCCUUAAAACAUAGAGAAUCUGAAAAAUUGUUAGUGUUUCACUGCUUCCUGGUUUACCUACAACUGAAAAGACAAUAGUGAUAUUCAGGAAGGACACUGAGCCAAAUUUUAACGUAAAACAACAUAUUUGAUUGCCUCUUACCUCACGUUAGACAACAGCUAAUGUUAGCAUUCAACCACUUCCUGGAAAAAAAAACACAAACCUGGAAGCAAAAUGCACUGAAUGUCAUUGAACAGUAAUGCUAAUGAGUAUAUGGUGGACUACAUACGUAAGUAUAUUAUAUGCUGUCUUGAACUAUGACCAAAUGUCCUCCAGAAUUUCAUUAUUCAACAUCUUCUCAGUUGAUCAAACAGGAUGUAGUGAAAUUGUAACAAACUGUGAGUCUCCUGGUUAUUAUAUGAACCUGGAGCAUGACAGCAUGACAUUGUGUCAGCAUUUGAGCUUUCUAUCCUUAGUCUGCCUGAGAAAAAUGGUCGCCGAGUGAAUAUGUGCCAUCAGUCGCAAACAACGGCAAGUAAAUAACUGCGAUUAGAAAUAUCCACAAUUUAUGCACUGUUCACCUGAUGGAUGCAAACACCCUCAAAUUAAAGCCCAAAGUCAGCAUUUAUAUUACAUCUCAGUCAUUAUUUCAAGUCAAAUCACUAUUCUCAAACUCAAAUAUGAGAUAGACCUUUUUUUACAUCGGCCUGACCAGGAUUUUGCUAAAUUUCCAUGAAUUUUAAGGAUAACUGCACUCGUAUUAACACUGCUGGAGUCAUUAUUGACACUUUAAAAACAAAUAAUACAGCAGAACCAGAUAUCACCAUUUUUAUCCCAUGCAUUCUUCUUCCUUUUAAAACCUGGCGCCUACAUAACCCACAAUGCAACUCACCCACGGAGUGACAUCACUGGAGGUGAUUUUUAAGAUUAUAUUUAGCUUCCUCUGGAGCCAAAAAAAGGCUUCAUACUACUCACAGAAGCAGCAGCGCUCCCAGAGACCCAUAAACACACUUUGAUGUGUAAAAUUCCUGAAAUUAUCCCUUGAAUAUGUAGGAUAAGGAUAAGGAUAAUAUGCAGGUUUAAGCAGUUUGUUGCUUUAAGGCGUCUUGGUUGUUUGAGUUUCCCACAUGCAAUUACAGAAUCACCGGCAAGCUAGAAUUCUUAAACUGCCCCCAUUUGAAUUUUUUUUUUACCAUGAGACAUUAAUAUUACUUUCAUGCUGCACUAAAAUGAAUUAAAAAUCAAUGAAUGCCUGUAAAGUAGAAAAUAUCAAAACCUUAGCUUAUCCAGUAUACUCACCAUAUAUCCAAUAUCCUUCUCAACAUGAAAACAUGUGGCCCAGCAGCCAGCAGUCGUGCAAGUAGAAAUUAUUAGUGCACAUCAUUCCUCAGACGGUCUCCCCACAACCUUCCAAGGGGCACAAAAGGUAAAUGAACCUGUGCAGCCAUUAACCAGUAUCG